GCAUCGGGGCGUCCGCCGCACUGCUGGACAACAUGCGGUUCCGACGAUGCGCUGGCUAGCAGGAGAUGACGGCAACCUCACCAUAUGGCCUCGGCUAAGUUCUGCUUACGCCUACGACCUCUCCUGACGCAUACCCUGGGUCUCUCCGCAGGGCGGAAUGGGGCCGAUCCUGCGUCACUUGGAGUACCAAUCGACAGGAUCAUGGGUGGCAAGUCAGGAGAUCACGAAGCCUGGAGGCGUGUUCACACAGGCAAUGGCUUUGGUAGUCCUAGGUCUGGCAAGAUGACCACUAUUGACUGACAGGAUAGAUAGGAACAUGUAGCAAAUACCCUGAAAUUAAUGGACCGAUGCUUGCUACAACAAGUGUGUAUCCGAGGUGCCCAGGUCCGAACCUUUCCCACGCUG